AUGAUCCAGAAAACUCCUCCGGUGAACACUUCAGAACCUGAUACAGCUUCUGGUUCAGGCGAUAUUGAUGAACAGGCAGUAAGUGAUCAAGGUGUUUCAGGUACAACAGUUUCACCAGAGGAACCCGAUUACACCACUUACAUCCUGAUUGCUGUGGUUGCGGUGGUCGUAAUCGCUGGAGCGAUUAUUUGUGGCAUUGUCAUCAUGCAUCGGCACCGUCAGAAAGGGGGGAACAAAGAGCUUAGUAAAGUGGACCCUGUUUUGGAUGGAUCAAGCACUGAGAAGGUGCCAAUGCCAAUGUUUGAAGAAGAUGUGCCAUCUGUGCUGGAGCUGGAAAUGGACGAACUGGACCAGUGGAUGAAGAAAGAUAGUUAAAGGAUCCUCACAACCAUGAUUUGCUUCCGGAUUUCCUUUUUUUUACCCUUACCCUAGUUUUUCAAUCUACAGGAACAUACUUGCUAUUAGGAAGCAAGUUUAUUUAUUACACUGAGCAUUACACAGUCAAGCAUCCAUCUCUUAAAAUUACAUCUCAGAGCUCAUCUAGAGCAACAGCUCCUGGUUGUAUUGAAUGGAGGUAGACUGCUACUGCGCACACAGUCAUCAAGUGAGAUUAUAUCAUUUCAAAAAUGUGUCACCCAUUUCAUUUGAUUUGAUCAUUUGAUCCCUGCAAUUUUUUAAGGAACAUUUUAAUUUACAUUUCUUUCACAUUAACCAGACAAGAUCCAACCUCCUCAUGAAAAAAUGCGUCCCCUCUGUCUCUAAAUUCACACAGUAAAGCUGUGUGUGUUCAGCUUGCCGUUUAAUCGGAAAAUAACCUCUCCAGCCCUUACAGAUGACAGCUUACAGCUCCCCCGGUGGCUUUUUCUCUUGCUCAAAUGUUACACGACUCCCUCCAGCUGCAGGUUGUAAUGAAGAAGAUUGUAGGCAUGCAUGACAGAGAACAUCUGUUAAUCUUUCACAGAACAGCUCAGGAUUUAUACAGAGAGCAUUUUUAUUUUAAAUCUCUGAAUCAUUGAAGCGAUGAGACUCUAGCUUCCGAGGCUUUUGAUAAAUUAUUACCCUCUUUGCUGAAGCAGCCCUCUAAAAGCCGCUGCUGAUAAGAUUUCUAUUCCUCCACAGAUAACAGAUGAGUAUUUGUCUAAAUUAUUCUUAUCUCCCAAUGCUUUUCACAGCUUCUCUUCCCCGGUUUGGCCUUUAGAAUAGUUGGAUGUGAAUGAGUUAACACUGAUACAGAUGUGAGUUCUUUCAGAUUCAGAAAGAUUUGCACUGUAAAUAUUACAAACAGCAAAAUAUAAUAUUGUCUUGUAAAUAUAUAUUGUAUUGAAUUUUUUCCUUGUAAAGCUUUUGAAUUUGAUGAUUGAAAAUGUCCUUAUAAAAAAAUGAUGUGCUGUGG